GACCCUUCCUCUGAUAUCUCAACAUCAAAAAAAAAAAAAUCGAAUCUUUUAUAUAAAACAGAAAUGUCCAAUCUUAGAACCGAUCGGAUUUACCAAGACUUUGAUCCGAUAACCGGAUGGACCUCUGAACCGGGCGUUGAGAUCCUCGUCGUCCAUCUCCCAGGAUUCCAUAAAGAACAGCUCAAAGUGGCAGUAACUCCGACCAGGAAGCUAAGACUGACCGGAGAACGUCCGGCCGGCGGCAAUAGAUGGAUCCGUUUCCGACAAGAAAUCCCACUUCCCACUGACGUAGACGCUGACUCCAUCUCCGCAAUGUUCAAAGACGGCAAACUCUAUGUCCGAAACCCGAAAACCAACGACGAAAAACCCGAAACCGAGGCAUUAACGCCGCCUAAUCCGCCCGUGCCAAGAACCCGCGAUCCGCCCGAGGCGAAACGUGAUGAUCACAGUUUGAAAUCAAUUGCGGAUAACCAAAGGGUUGAACCCGGUUUAGUGAAAAAAUGGUCAGGGAAAUAUGAGGGGAUGGUGAAGGAAGUAAAGAACAAAAGGCAUAUGAUGUGUAAUUUGGUUGGGGUGUUUAUGUUGGUUUUACUGAUCUUACUGUAUGCUAAAAAUGCAGUAAAUUCUUCGCACGUGGGGAAAUUCGACUAAUGAAUAAGAUGCACGUGCCGAAAUAGAACAACCACGAUGGUUAAUUACCAUGUACGGAUCAUCAUGCAGUUUCUACUUUCUAUCGGUUUGUGUAUUUUCGUAUCAAUGAAUUGUGAAUGUUACUUAAAUGUGUAUAAAAUUCCAUUUCUAUGGUU